GGUUCCUGGGAUGGUGCUCAAGGCGUUCUUCCCCACAUGCUGCACCUUGGCAGACAGCGGCCUGUUGGUGGGACGUUGGAUCCCAGAGCAGAGCAGUGCCGUGGUCUUGGCCGUGGUGCACUUUCCCUUCAUCCCCAUCCAGGUCAAGGAGCUCCUGGCCCAGGUGCAGCAGGCCAGCCGGGUGGGUUUGGCUGUGCUGGGUACCUGGUGCCACCACCAGCAGGAGCCUGAGGAGAGCCUAGGCCACUUCCUGGAGGGUCUGGGUGCCAUCUUCUCCCAUGAGCCCUGGCUGCAGCUGUGUCGGGAGAGGGGCCGCAAGUUCUGGAGCUGCAAGGCUACUCACCAGCAAGGUCCUGGCGUCCCUGGUGUUCCCAGCAAGGACCGUGUCAUGCUUAUCUUCUAUGACCAGCGUAAGGUGCUGCUGUCCCACCUGCAUCCACCCACAGUCCUGCCUGACUGCCAGUUUGGAGAAGUCACAGCCAGUACAGAGGGCCUGGCUGCCAUCUUUGACACAGUAUCACGCAGUGAGGUACUGUUCUGCAAAGACCAGUUUGAUGAGGGCCCGGUGAGGCUGAGCCACUGGCAAUCGGAAGGUGUGGAGGCCAGCAUCCUCGUGGAGCUGGCGAAGCAGGCUUCAGGGCCUGUCUGCCUGCUGGUGGCCUACCUGCUAUCACUGGUCUCAGCUGCAAGUGCCUGCCGGCUGUGGAAGCUGUGGCCUCUGCCCUUCAUAGCCAGCAAGCUCUCCACGUGCGAGCAGCUCCGGCACCGUUUUGAGCACCUCACACUUGUCUUCAGCACCCAGAAGGCCCAGAGCCCUGCUCAGUUGAUGAGGAAGGCCAACAUGCUGGUCUCUAUGCUCCUGGAUGUGGCCCUCGGCCUCACACUGCUGUCCUGGCUCCACAGCAGUAACCGAAUUGGGCACCUGGCUGAUGCCCUCAUCCCCAUGGCUGACCAUGUGGCCGAGGAGCUCCAGCAUCUGCUGCAGUGGCUGAUGGGUGCUCCUGCUGGGCUCAAGAUGAACCGGGCACUGGACCAGGUGCUGGGCCGCUUCUUCCUGUACCACAUUCACCUGUGGAUCAGCUAUAUCCACCUCAUGUCCCCAUUCAUCGAACGUAUCCUGUGGCACGUGGGCCUCUCAGCCUGCCUGGGACUGACGGUUGCCCUGUCCAUCCUGUCGGAUAUUCUUGCCCUCCUCACCUUCCACAUCUACUGCUUCUAUGUCUACGGCGCCCGACUGUACUGCCUGAAGAUUUGUGGCCUGUCCUCUCUCUGGCGUCUGUUUCGGGGGAAGAAGUGGAACGUGCUUCGUCAGAGGGUGGACUCUUGCUCUUAUGACCUGGACCAGCUCUUCAUUGGAACCUUGCUCUUCACCAUCCUGGUCUUUCUCCUGCCCACCACAGCUCUGUACUACCUAGUGUUCACCCUGCUCCGGCUCCUGGUGGUCACUGUACAGGGCCUGAUCCAUCUGCUUGUGGACCUCAUCAACUCCCUACCUCUGUACUCACUUGGCCUUCGGCUCUGUCGGCCCUACAGACUGGCGGCUGGUGUGAAGUUCCGUGUCCUGGAGCAUGAGGCAGGCAGGCCUCUCCGCCUCAUGAUGCAGAUAAACCCCCUGCCCUACAGCAGGGUGGUGCACACCUACCGCAUGGCAAGCUGUGGCUGCCACCCCAAGCACUCUUGGGGCUCCCUGUGCCGCAAGCUGUUUUUUGGAGAGCUUAUCUACCCUUGGAAGCAGAGAGGGGACAAGCAGGACUGAGGUGCCUGGCAGUAGCCUGCCCAGCACCACUGCACAGCCCACCAUCACACCUCUCAGUCAAUGUGUCAUUGAGCUUGGGGUUCACGUGCUCUCGAGGGUGGGCAGGCUUUGUUCCAAAUUCCUAUCCUGAUUCCAGGGCCCUUAUCAGGCCAUGCCAGGCAGCCUACUGCCAGCACACACUCCAUCCCUCUCUAGCACCAUUGGCCUUGGGACCUGCCUCUAGUGUGCUGUGAUCGCCACACUGCCUGAUUCCAGCAUCCCCCAGGUCUGCCUCUGGAGUGGGCUGGCAGGUCCCCCUUUGGCUGUCCCCUAGUGGUGAGUGGAGGGCUGCUUCCUGGGAUGCACUCCUGGCUUCUGGUAUCUUCUAGCUGCUGAGCAGAAUGUCCCCACCCCCACCCCCUGGAGGUUGAAGCAGCUGCUGACCUCCAGCCCCAGCGAACCAGAGCUCUUGCACCCUGAAUUGAGCAGGGCUUCUCUGUCGGAGCUCCCUGAGUGGUCAAGGACCCACAGUGCUCCCACAGUAUGGGUACCCCUGAGGUAUUAUGGCUCUCUACCUGGCUGUCAGUCAGCAGGCAAUGAUUGAGGCCCUAGGGAAGGAGGAUAAAGGUGCCCAAUGGUGCAGAAAGGUCUGUGCUGUGGCUAGGAGGGAACAGCAAGCCCUGCUGGUCUCUGGGGCACUCGGGACUGUCCACCUCAAUCUAUCUACUGCCCACACUCCUUGCCUCAGGCCACACCAACUCUAAGCACCCAGUGAAGGAUGUCAACAGGAUGGGUCCUGACCUGCCUUUUCCUUUUAUUAAAAUAAAACUUCAGAUGUGUUUAGAGUGCCA